AUUUUAUUUCAUUUCAUAAUCAGAGUCACCCAGAGGCUAAUCAGCUGCAAAAGUUUGUGAUAAAGAUUAAAAGAGGAGUCCUCCGUUUUCCUCGUGGUCGUGGUCGUGGUGCAUUUUGCGGGUACGGACGGGUAGUGAAGUGUUCUUGUUGGUUAGUUGGUUACUGCUGAUUAAUUCUGUGAAUAUUUCCAAAAACACGUCGCUUUCUUUAUUUAAAUAUUUUUCGUCUUUUCCCGUUUAAUAAAAAAUAUUUGGAACUUAAAAAAGAAUUACCAUGUCCAGCACAACAAAUGGUAUCAACGGAUCACCCCGCAAAAAACCCAGGACGGACAGGGAGUCCAAGGUGACGGUUGUGUUGGGGGCCCAAUGGGGGGACGAAGGAAAAGGAAAAGUUGUGGAUAUGCUUGCUGCAGAUGUAGACGUUGUUUGUCGGUGCCAGGGGGGUAACAAUGCCGGGCACACAGUAGUAACUGAUGGAGUUGAAUAUGAUUUCCACCUUCUUCCAAGUGGUAUAAUUCACCCCAAUUCAAAAUCAAUUAUAGGUAAUGGCGUCGUCAUACACCUGCCUGGUAUGUUUGAUGAAAUCGAGAAGAACGAGAAAAAAGGUUUAAAAUCUUGGAGGGAACAAUUGGUCAUAUCAGACAGAGCUCAUCUGGUAUUCGAUUUUCAUCAGCAAGUCGAUGGAUUGCAGGAACAAGAAAACAAUCAAAAGGGCCAAGGUUUAGGUACCACGAAAAAAGGGAUAGGCCCGACUUAUUCUUCUAAAGCUACUAGGAAUGGAAUUAGGGUAGGAGAUCUAUUAGGAAAUUUUGCCCAUUUUACCAAAAAAUUCCAGGAAUUAGCCAACAUGUACCAAAGAAUGUUUCCUUCAUUAAAGGUAGAUAUAGAAGCUGAACUAAAACGGUAUAAAGAAUAUGCCGAAAAAAUAAGACCUCUAGUAAGAGACACAGUGUCGUAUCUAGACAAAGCUAUACGAAGUGGGAAGAAAGUUUUAGUUGAAGGUGCCAACGCUGCUAUGCUCGAUAUAGAUUUUGGUACCUACCCCUAUGUCACAUCAUCUAACUGUAGUGUCGGUGGAGUCUGCACUGGACUUGGAAUUUCUCCCCAUAGGAUAGGCGAUGUUGUGGGUGUUGUUAAAGCUUACACUACACGAGUAGGUGAUGGACCUUUCCCAACUGAAUUAAAAGAUAGCAUUGGUGAGCUGAUGCAGUCACGCGGAGGUGAAAUUGGAGUUACCACAAAACGGAAAAGACGGUGCGGUUGGUUGGAUAUCGUUAUUCUACAAUACACGAAUAUGAUCAACGGCUAUACUUCUUUGUGUCUUACUAAGUUGGAUAUAUUGGACAGCCUACCCGAACUUAAGCUAGCUGUAGGCUACACCCUGAGAGGAAAGAAGAUCGAAUAUUUCCCUUCCACUGCAGCGGAUCUAUCAGAAGUUGAGGUGGAGUACUUAACAAUGCCAGGAUGGCAGAAAAGCACUGAAAAUGUCCGAGAAUUCAGUGAAUUACCUGAAGAGGCUAAAAAUUACGUUAAUAAAAUAGAGGAACUCCUGAACGUACCAGUUAAAUGGAUUGGAGUCGGGAAAGGAAGAGAAUCUAUCAUCACAAUACACGACUAAACCUUUUAUCCAACAUUAGUCAAAUUGUAAGUUAACAUAAGCUUAAAGUGUAACGGAAGAAAUUGAAAACCGACAGUAUUUUAUCUAUUGUUUUGGUUAAAACACUUUUUUAUUUGGUUUUUAUUCGAACAGUUGACUUCAAAUAAUUUUAGGUACUUUAUGUGAUACUUUAUUUCAUUGAUUCGUUGAUUUUGCACUGGAUUAAUUUUCCAUUUUGUUAAAGUAGGGCCAAAUCCACAUGAGGGGCUUAAAAGCAAAACGCGUUUAGUAAGUCAAUUUUUAUCAAACUUAAGUUAUCCACUGUUAAAGAUACUUUACAGUAUGUUAUAUAUUGGGUACCAAUCGUAGGGAAAUUUCCCUUUUUUCGGGAAUUUUCAACAUAAAAGGGAAAAACUUAACUCAAAAGGGAAUUUUUGCUCCAGUCCAAAUUGUAACACAUAUUUAAAAAAAUCAAAAUAUUUGAAAAUUCUUCUCAGAUUUUGUAAACGGGAGGGAAUUUUUUCAUAAAAGUGGAGAUUUUUAAGAUAAGUUGAGAGAAAAACUUUUAGCUUAAGUACACCAGCGCGUCAUCAAUAUUAAAUUCGAGAGGUAGUAGCCGCCCAGUUUUUGAAAGUUCUACGAAACUUUGGCAACAGUGCGUCGAAAUUACGUGACACUAACAAAGACUACGGCACAAUAUUGUGAUAAUAUACAUUGUGACACAUUGUAGACACGGUGACUAUUUCUCCAUGUUGCCAAAUCAGUCAGUUAAAUUCAAUUUCUUGGUAUAGAUAAUCAAUUUUAGUAGUUCCAAUGUAAUACACAAUCUAGGCACGGGAUAAAAAAUUUAUUUGAAGAAAGUAUAUUUUUUUGUUGUUCUUAAUGGCGGUAACACUCAGUCUGUACCACUGUCUAUCCAAAAAAUUGUAUAUACAGUGUUUCUACUUGGGGCAACUGGGAAAAGAAAGCUAUAAAGUUGCUAAACAGAAGCAAGAGCAGGUUUUUGCCGUUUUCUCUAAAAUUGCACCUUUGGAUUUAACGCAGUUUGCUUUUAAGCCCCUCACAUUUUUUUGUAGUUGUUAUCUCAUUUGGACCUGGAAAUGUACGAGUAUGUUUUGAAUAAGAGGAUUUUGUUCAGUCACCGUAGCACUAUAUUAACUUAUCCGUAAUCCUCCAAAAAUGUGAUUUUCUGACAGAAAUUGGCGUCUUAAAGCACAUUGCAUUGCAUCAACAUUUUCCAAUACGCGACAAGCUAGCAGUAGAACGUACUUUACUUUUCUUUCUGGUUUGGUUAGGUUAACUCAAUGGCCACAUUCAGAAGACGAAAAAGUGAGGGAGCAUUUCCCGAUGGAGCGGUAACAGUUGUGUUUCGUCUUGUCAACGUUCCGCUCCCUAAAUUCGUGACAGCCUAUCAUUUUCUGUAAUAUACUUGCUUCUGCACAAUAAAUUGUUUUUUUGCUUCAUAAUCAUGGUCAAAUACCAUGGAUUGUUUACGUCUGCGCUAUAUUCCAAUUGAUAAUUAGUACUUGACGCUAUGGUGGUUGGGGUUGUUACUCCCUAUGAUGGGGGUUGAUGAUGUAGAACAUUAUUGGUUAGAUAUGUAUUUAUUCACCAACUCUAAAUGUAACAGUAACUAGUUGGUGGGCAACGUCUAUCUUCUCUCUAACUUGAUGUCUCAAUAUUAAAUGAAUAAACAUUGAUUAACGAAUGAUCUGUAAUACUUUCUCCGUAUCUAUAAAUAAACUUGUGAUCGUUUUUAUUAUGAUUGCUGAUACGAUUCGACCGUGAAAUAUUCAUAUCAAAAUAGCUGACAAGAGCGUUCUCGAAACAAGUGCAUUAUAUUGGGAAAUGUGUGUCACCUAGUUAUUUUACAACAAAUAGUAAUGUUUGUUUUUAGACCUUUAAAAAUUAAAUGGAUGUGAAUUGCUUUUGGGAUGCUAAUAUAAUUUCUGUACAUCCUCAUCCUUACAAGAAAAAUUUUCUGAGAGAUGUAGAUAUUUCCUCUGCCCUUCCGACAAAGAAGAAAAUUUUUCUAGAUAACGUCACCAACUGAUUACUGUGUUGUAACCAAUACAAAAUUAAAUAUUUAUUUCCUAUGGCUAAUAAGUAAACAUAAAAAAAUGUUCGAUAACAACAUUGUUCCCGUUUCACUUGUAACUCACUGUGUCCUUGGACUGUAAACAUAUAGUCUAUUCUUAUGUAUUUCCUUGAUUUUAUUAUUUUCCAUUUUAAUUUUACAAUUAACGUUAUUUACCUCUGUUAUUGAGAAGGGGCCUACAUAAAGACUAUCAAACUUACCAUUCUCCUCUUUUUGCCAGGGCUAGGUCUCCUAUUUUAAAGUGUUGUGGUGUCACUUUGGGCUUAUUCUUUUCUUGCCGCACUUUUUUGUGCUUUAGUAAGAAGGUUCUAGCUCUCUCGUGUUCGCAUUGUAGUUUGUAUCGCAACUCAUUGUAGUAUACAUCUACGUCGGCGUGUAACCAUGAUACGCGUUAGGGGUUGUAUUGUAGCAGUAUGUGAACAUUCUGCAACACACAUCCCAAUUUUCUUUGUCUUCAUCUAUGAAUGCUCUUACGUACUCGUUUAAUGUUCUGUGCAGUUUCUCACAACUUCCAAUGGACUGUGGAUGGUAUGCCGUUGAAAAGUUGUGCUCUAUUUUUAGCAGCUUUGUUAGUUCCUGCAUUACUUCGUUUUUAUACUUUGUGCCUUGGUCUGUUCUUAUUUGUUUCAUGAGUGCGUAUGUUGGUAUAAAAUGAUCGUGAAAAUUGUUCGUGAAAAAGCUAUUGUCUCAGCUUUUUUAUUGCGCACGGGUGUACUUACCGCGUAUUUCGUAAGUUCACACAACAUUGUGAUACAGUAUCUAUUGCCUUCAUUACUUUUAGUGAAUGGACCUCUUGUAUCUAUGUAUACUAUGUCCCAUGGUUUGGAAGAAGUGUCCGAUAUCACGAAUUUCUCCAUCUGAAUCUUGCUUUUAGCUUCUUUAUUAGUCUAUUAUUCCCUACGUGUCCUCCAAACAUCGGGUGAUUAUGAUAUUCCUCUAUUAAUCUAUGUUUUUCUUUGUCAUCUUCUAUUGUUUCUGGUACUUCACAUAUGUAUGGUGCUUUUGGGAUGCAAAUAUAAUUCCUGUAUAACGCCAUCUUUCAACAAGUCUAUUGACAAAUUCACAAAAGUAGCAUACGCUAGACGGAGGUAGCGGAAUUAAAAUGAGCUCACUGUCAUGGUGACCGUUCCGUAACACGUUCCUCAAGUAGUGCCACAUUCAGAAAACGAAUUCCCAACAGUUGCGGAACAGCUCCGUCACUUUUUCGGCUCCUGAAUGCGACAAUUGUUAAAUUGAAAAUGCACUAUAAUUUUUAUGACGUCUUUAUUAAGUACUAAUCGUUUGUUAAUUUUAAAACAAGAAUACCCAAGUUGAUUAAGACUAUUUGUAUUUUGCCCUAAUGUAAUUGUUGUUAAGUUUUAAAUUUAAUUCACUGGGUAGAUGCGUACAUUAAAUUAUGUUGUUGCAGAUCUGCACUUGUAUAUAUUUAUAUAGCAGAGUCGUACAUACAGCAUACACAAUCAUAAUACUAAUAUUUCACAGAUACGCCACUGAAUGAAUGUGAAGGAUUUGGAAAACCUCACAACAAUUUGCGUUUACUAUAGGGCAUUCCAACAUGCUGUCAAAAUUAAGUCAAUAUGGCGACUGGGAGGCAAACAAAUGUUAUUUUGUUAGUUCUUAAUGUGUUUUAGAUCAUUUUAGUUACGUUUCUUUGUCAUUUUAUUUUGUACAAGGAUUAAUUUAACAUUUUUACUGGAAGAAUUCAUUUAAAUAGAUAAUAUACCUCAUUUCUUUUGAGUAUUGAAAUGUUGAAUGCGAAGUAACCGUGAUAAAGUUCAGUUUUAUCGAUUACCAUCAGUGCUGAACAGUGCAUUUGAAGCAUAAAACUGAACUAAAUAAGUUAUCAUCUAAGGGACAGAAACAAUGGUAAAAUGCUAUAAAACGUCCUAUAAAAAUGCUAAAUAACUUACUAUUUCCAUGUUACUUACGCUUGGAAAACUCUCCACUGUAGGUUAACUCAGACUCCCUGAGGGAAAUGAAUCUAUAUUAUUUGCUUUGCUAAUCUUUUGCUUGUAUAAUCUACUAGCAACAUCUGUAUUGUAUACCAACAAAUUUCGAAAAUAGUAACACAUGUUUAUUUAUUCAUUGCUUAAAACUAAAUAAAGUCGUUCAAGUGCUUCUACAAUAAAAAACUACACAAAAUUAACAACAAAAUGUUUGAAAAAUACAACUAAAACAUUAUUAAAGGUAAAAAACUUAAGAAACACAAUGUGGUACAAAUAUAAACAAAUAUAAUGUUUGGCAGUUUGCCUCCCAGCGGUGUGAUAAACGUCAAAAGUCUUGGAAUGCCCUACUGUAUGCAUCUAACCUAAAAAGCUGUAGAAUAGUACAUUAUAAAUAACGAUUAAACAAUUUACUUUGUUUAUUGCCUGUAUGAAAUGUUACUUUUUUAUCGAUUGCUUUCUAGUAAGCAUUUUUAAGUUAUUUUAAGUUGUAAUUUGCCAAAUAUAUAAUUGUUUUCUGUUAUUAAAUCAUAAGAUAAAAAAUGUUGAAAUAUAAACGUUUAGUGCCUGAAAAUGUUAGGUUCCCAGACAAAUGAUCGUUUCAAUAAUAUGGGCCUAAAGCUUGAACAUAACAAAAAUCUCGCGAAUUCUAUCAAAUAGCCUAUGGAGUUGAAUGGCCUCAAUAGAUCAUUCAUUUUAUUAUAAAAAAAAUCGUUAAAUUCCUUUGUAAAAGGUAUAUUUAUAAAAAAAACCCCAAAAAUGGCUAAGUAUAUCAGAACGUUUUCGGAAUAAAACAAUUCCAUCAUCAGUGCUUGUGCAGGUCAAAGUACAUGCCAGAGAUGUCUAGAGGAUCCAGCCUCAUAACAGACUUAAAUUUGCUAAUGACAAGUUGCCAUUUGAAGUUCGUUAUGUGAGGUUGUAUCCUCUGAACAUUGCAACCCGCGUGGGGAGCGUCCUGUGAUGUCGUGAGGUUAAAUCGAGGAAUAUUUUAAACAUCACACCUUUUUUAAUAACAUAAUGUAAACAAUUUAAAACUUUAUAACAUUUAAAGGGUUUUUACUCAAAUAUCUUGGUGACUCGGGCAUGUAUUUUGACCUGUAAUAAGCACUGAUGAUGGAAUCAUUAUUCAGAAAACGUUCUGUGAUGUAGCCCUUUUUAGGGAUUUUUUUAUAAAUAUACAUUUUAUAAAGGAAUUUAAUUAACAUUUAACUAUUAUUUGUGAUUUAUGGUAUACAGGAAUUUACUUUCUUCGUGGAUUUUUUUUUUCAUUUUAUUAUGUUAUACAAAAAGUAGACAAUUCAGUUCUUGACAACUUUCUAAAGCAUAUUUUUUACGUUUAUGUUAUUUUGCAGUUUUAAUUUACUGUUUUAUACAAGUUAUGACUAUGUGCCUUUAUAAAAAAAACACCAAUAUAAAUAUCGUCAUUUUUUUUAUUUCACUGAAAAACUGUUCAAUACUUCAUUACUCUGGGUACCAUCUAAUCUUUGCUUUUACAAGCACAAUUUUUAAUGCAAUAAUUAAGUUGUUUGUUAUGUUUUGAGUGAUUAUGUUGCAUAUAUUUUAAAUAAAUAUACACAUUAUACAUAAAA